AUGACCCUGGCGCCAUACAAAGGCAUCGGGGAUCCGAAAGUCCACGUCACCAAGUUCGAAUCCAUGAUGUUCCUCAACAGCGAUUGCGACCCCAUUCUGUGCCGCUCCUUUCCCACUUUCCUGGAUGGAGCUGCUUUGCUAUGGUUCUCUAAUUUGCCUGCAGGAUCCAUAACUAGCUUCGACGAGUUCGCCAAGAUGUUCAUCAAUCAUUUCGCAGCAUCAAAAAUAUAUGUCAGAGACUUAGACUAUCUUAGCACAAUCAAGCAGGGCCCGCAUGAAAGUCUCAAGGAAUACAUGACGCGUUUCACUACGGCGGCCAUGGAAAUCCCGGACUUAAACCCAGAAGUACAACUGCAUGCUAUCAAAAGUGGGCUCCGACUAGGGAAGUUCCAAGAAGCUAUAGCUGUGGCCAAACCAAAGACGCUAGAAGAGUUCUGA